GUAAGGGUUUAACCUAAUCCACUUGCAUCUUGUUUUGUUUAAGUGAUCACAAGGUCUGUCCAAGACACUUGGCUCUGCUGUUCACAAGCCCUUUGUCGGUGUGUGCUUGUGAUUAUUUAGAGUGUGGCUGCAGAAAAACGGACAUCCAGUUCUAACAUUACAGACACUGGGACAUUUGCUGCUGUGCCUGGGAGAUGGAAACGUCUGAGAGAUAAUGUGUGGCUGUAAAAUUUGUAGGAAAAAAAAUGACAAGGUGUCUUUAAAGAUGCUGAGGAAGUGAGAAGAGGUGAUGAAAAAAAGGUAGCGUGGCCAGGGCUGCAAAACACAAAGUCAAAUAUCUCGGACUCAAACAUGAAAGUAUCUUGGUCUCAGUGAAAACAGCAAAGGGUCAUGGGAUGUGGCAUGGGAAAGUCAGAACCACAGCUGAAGAAAUGUGACAGAGGUGCGGCCUUUUAUCAAAAUCCCUUUAGUGAAUAGUCAAACUUUUAAAAAGAAAUGUUCCAAAUUAUUGCAGUAAUUCAAUGUCUGUCAUUAUCUUUUUUUUUGUCAUUUUUAGUGAGCAUCUCAGUUCCAGCAAUCAGAGCGGCUCUGUUGAUCCAGCGCUGGUACCGUCAGUACGUGGCCCGGCUGGAGAUGAGACGCAGGUGCACGUGGAACAUCUUCCAAUCUAUUGAGUAUGCAGGAGAGCAAGACCAGAUUAAGCUCUACAGUUUUUUUGGCUUCCUGAUGGAUCACUUCACCCCAGCCAGCAGUGAAAGAAACCUAAUAUCGCACAUCUUUCGGGAGAAUGAAAUCUGUCGUGACUCGGAGUGGGAGAGAUAUUUUUGCUACAAGAGCAUUGAGGUACCUGACGGCUACACCGGCCCUCAUCUGACCUUCCCUAUGACCUUCUGUGGGGUGUCAAAGCUGGUGGAGGCCUUCAAGCACAAACAACAGCUCCAUGCUCGAUACGUCCUGCAGCUUCUUGGAGAGACUUGGAGAUGUCUAAGAAUUCUUAAAAAUAUCAAUCAUGUCUCCACCUGCCAUACAAAGGAGAUUACCAUAUGCGGAGACCUACAUGGGCACCUUGAAGACCUGCUGAUGAUAUUCUAUAAGAAUGGUUUGCCAUCCUCGGAGAAACCGUACGUCUUCAAUGGAGAUUUUGUGGAUCGUGGCAAAAACUCCUUAGAGAUCCUGCUCAUCCUGUUUGGGUUCCUGCUGGUCUAUCCCAAUGACGUCCAUCUGAACAGAGGGAACCACGAGGACCACAUUGUUAAUUUGAGAUAUGGUUUCACUAAAGAAGUUCUGGGAAAAUACAGGCUGCACGGCAAGAAGAUCCUAAAGCUUCUCCAGAAGAUCUUCAGCUGGCUGCCUCUGGCCACAGUGAUCGAUCACAAGGUGCUGAUUGUGCACGGAGGGAUCUCUGACAGGACAGACCUCGACACGCUAGCCCGAGUUGACAGACACAGAUACGUGUCGGCCCUCAGGCCUCCUAAGCCGACCCAUCAUGCAGUCAACGGCAGCAAGACUCAGACAAUGAACAACGAUAACCAGGAGUCCUGUGGACCCGUGGAAGGCCGCCGUCGAGUGUGUUCUCUGACUUACCAAAGCUCGGCACCGGCUCAAAGGCACAACCUCCCACGCCGCUCGCUGCACAACCUGCCCACGAGCAGUCAACUCAACUGGUCAGUGGAAGAGGAGCUAAAGAGGAGGCGCAGGCUGGCUGGGUUUGACCAGUCCUAUGGAGAGCUGCAGAAGUCUGACUCUGACUCAGACCCGGAGCCUGGAGAGACAGUGGAGACAGAUGAGCAUGAGUGGAAACAGAUAGUGGAUAUGUUGUGGAGUGACCCCAUGCCCCAAAAUGGCUGCAUUCCCAAUGAGGUGCGAGGUGGAGGCUGCUACUGGGGUCCAGAUGUCACUGAAGAGGUGUUAGGAAGACACAACCUGCAGCUGCUCAUCCGCUCCCAUGAGUGCAAACAGGACGGCUAUGAGUUCUGCCACAACCGCAGGGUGCUGACUAUAUUUUCAGCGUCUAACUACUAUGAGGUGGGCAGCAACAGAGGAGCAUACAUCAGAAUGGGCCCUGAUCUGGUCCCACACUUCAUUCAGUAUCAGGCCAGUCAGACGAGCAGAGAGCUCACUCUGAGACAAAGUGUUGGGUGGACGGAGAGAUCAGCUCUUCGAGCUCUGAGGGAACAACUGUUUGUACAUAAGUCAGAUCUCAUCAGUGCCUUCCAGGAGUUUGAUCCUAACAACACAGGGCUGAUCAGUCUAAGGCACUGGGCCAGUGCCACAGAGACUGUACUGAAACUGGGUCUGCCCUGGAGGGUGCUACGCCCUCAGCUCGUCAGCAGCACCCAGUACGGCAUGAUCAACUACCAGCAGUGGAUAAAGGAGCUCUCAAUCACUGAGCCCAAACUUGAGAUAUCCGACACCAGCAUCCUAGAGACUAUGUACAAAAACCACUCCAACCUGGAAACUAUCUUCCGAAUCAUAGACACAGAUCACUCUGGUUUGAUCUCUUUCGAGGAGUUUCGUCAAACAUGGAAACUCCUGUGCUCUCACCUCAAGACAGAGAUCAGCGACGAGGCCAUCGCAGACCUGGCCCAGAGCAUCGACUUCAACAAGGACGGGAGCAUCGACAUCAAUGAGUUCAUGGAGGCGUUCCGGCUGGUAGACCUCUCUGCACAUGCCUGAGAGCCCCGACCAGGAACUGUAGCUGCUGUAGUUGCUGAUUGGCUACAUAGAGAACACCAAGAACUGUCUUGAGUAGAUGCGCCUGGACACUCAUCUGUGGAAAUUUGAAUGAACAGUAGUAUUUCAUCCACAUGACCUGGGAGGACUGAGAGUGCAUCAUUGUUUAUAAGAUACAAACUAAAUCUUUUCUACCUCGUAGACUUUUUCUUUCUUUUUUUUUUUUUUUUUUUUUUUUUUUACAGUAUUAAUUUUUCAUUCAAGUUUAUUCAAGAAGUGUAAAGUGUAUUUUAUAACCACCUGUUUAGUUAUGUUUAAAAAAAAAAAAACCUCAAACACAUGUGGUGCUGUCUUUUCCUUUUAAUACUGAGUGAGCUGUUGACAAUGCUGGAGCCAGUCAAGUUAGGAAUUAAAAGGAACUGCACUGAUCUGACACAUCAGUGUGUUUACACACUUGGAGAGUACCCUGCAUAUGUGACAAAGUUAUUUGAAGUCUUCUGUAGCUCCAGAGGGAGCUGUGCAAAACUGGAUAAAUUACCUCAAUGAAAUGUGUGGUUUGAUGCAUUGUCAACUAUGUCUGAAGUCUAUAAGCUUUGAAAAUGAAAAAAAAAACAAGGGGUGUGGAGUUAGAAAGAAGUGACCUUACCUGACCUCUGUAGUCCGCAACAUCAGCUACUACUGCUAUAAAAACACAGAGUCUUCCACAGAACCAUCUGUAGUCAGGUUGUACUGUGUGGGUAAUGUAGGUACCAGGUUUUGACAGAAGGAAGAAUGUGUGGAAUAAAAAAAAUUAAAUUAAAUUAAAAAUCAUAUCUGGUUCUGCUGCAUUGAU